GGCGGUGCGCAGGCGCGUGCGGUGGUCCUGCGUAGCGCGGGCCGCAGGUGCACGCCGCCCAGGAGCCCUGGCCGGGGUCGGGACGAGGUCCCCGCAGGUGCCCCGGCCCGUGUUGCUGGCCGCGGCCUGCCCGAGUGUACCCCCUGUACCAGCUGGGUGGCCCCCAACUCCGUGUGUUCCGAACCAACUUCUUCAUUCAGCUGGUGCGGCCCGGCACGGCCCAGCCUGAGGACACUGUGCAGUUCCGGAUCCCCAUGGAGAUGACCAGGGUGGACCUCAGGAAUUAUCUUGAGCGCAUCUACAGCGUGCCGGUGGCUGCCGUGCGGACCCGGGUGCAGCAUGGCUCCAACAGGAAGAGGGACCAUAGAAACGUGAGGAUCAAGAAACCCGACUACAAGGUGGCCUACGUGCAGCUGGCCCACGGGCGGACCUUCACGUUCCCGCACCUGUUUCCUGAGAGAGAGCAGAGCCCUGCAGGAGGCCCCGUGGAGGACGGGCCCCGCGGGAUUCCAGAGGAGCCCCAGAGGCAGAGCAGCAACCCCAGGCGCGGCGGCGUCCCUGGCUGGUUCAGCCUGUGAGCAGGCCGCCUGGCCCGGGCUGGGGCGGCCCAGGCCCCAGUGGCUGAGAGGUUCCGACAGCCCAAAUAAACGUCCUGCUGUGGUGAGAAAGGCUGGAAGCUUUGCUCCC